AUGCUCGGCCGAACGCGCCGAGCGCGCCUGUUGGCCCUCGUGGCCUGCAUUGUCAUCGUCUUCUUCCUCUACGAACGCAGCGAAGUGCGCGUGGAACGUUACGCGGAUUACCUCACGUCCACCGCGGGCAGUUUUGGCGCAGGAAUCGGAGGAGGUGCUGUCUUGCGGCCAUCCGAGCAGCAGGAACAGCAACCUCUGCCGGAACCGCCCAAGCCAGAUGAGUGGAAUGGAAAGGAAUCGGUGCCUGCUCCCAAGACGGCGCCCAAGAAAGUCGUCGAGCCAGAAUCAGCAUCUUCAACUUUGGGAUAUGAAGCGCCUGCUCCGUCUCCCCUGAUCACCCCAGCCCCGACUUCUUCCCAAUCCGAAGCUGUCUCGGACAAGACGACUCCCACGUACAAUGGUGCACCUCAGUUCUACGGCGGUCCGGUGGUUGAGGUGGGUGAGGGACGAGUGGAGCAAGAACCCUCCAAGCAUUCCACAUCCUCAAAGCCGCCACCUAUUCAUUGGACCAAAUUACCUGAGAAGUUCCCGAUCUCGUCGACCAUUCAGUUGCCCACGAGCAAACCGAGUCCGAUUCCUCUCGUUCAGAAGGGCAAAGGCAGUGCAGACCAGGAUCGUCUACUUGCGAUCAAAGAGGCGUGCAAACAUGCUUGGAAAGGCUUCAGAGCAUACGGCUGGGGAUACGACGAGGUCAGGCCCGUGUCAGGAAAGGGACAGAACUCGUUCAAUGGCUGGGGAGCUACCUUGGUGGACUCUUUGGAUACACUGUGGAUCAUGGGCAUGAAAGAGGAGUUUGAGGAGGCCGUGAACAAGGCAGCGGAGAUCGAUUUCACAACGUCUCCCAGGAACGACAUUCCCAUGUUUGAGGUCACCAUCAGGUAUUUGGGAGGACUUAUCGCCGCGUACGAUGUCUCGGGGAAGCAAUACAGGAUACUGCUGGACAAGGCUGUUGAGCUGGCCGAGGUUCUGUACAGUGCCUUCGACACGCCAAACCGGAUGCCAGAGACUUAUUAUUACUGGAAGCCAACCUUUGCUUCAAAUGCCCAUCGGGCGAGCACGCGAGUGGUUAUGGCUGAGCUUGGCACAUUGAGCUUGGAAUUCACGAGGCUAGCACAACUGACUGGAGAGCCAAAGUACUACGACGCUAUCGCUCGAGUCACGGACGCCCUCGAGGAGUUUCAGAACAGGACUCGCCUGCCCGGUAUGUGGCCGACGAUACUGGACGCGAGUGGCUGCAGCAAGCCAGUCUACAAGGCACCGCCUCCUGCCCAUCAAAUUCCGGUCCCUGGUGGGGAGACGUACAUGGUUAGCAGCGAACCCGUCAAGGUCGAUCCGCACAUUAUGUCUGCAGCCGAGAACGCAGUGAAGCAGAACACCAAGCCUUUGCAGAACGCCGAUGACAGGAAUCCAUCGCUGGGUACUGUUGCGAAUCCUGCUCCUGUCAAUCCACUUGUUGCAGAUGCGGAUUCGUCGCUACGACACCCUAUGGCGGAGCAUCCGGCCAACAGCGAGACUGGAUCCCUUGGAAAGUCCGAGGGGUUUGGUGAUCUGUAUGGGGGAAGCAAUACGAACGAAGCCAAGGCGAAGGGGCCUCUGCCACCGGGUUCUGGAGACGACACUAGCAAGCCCAGUGUGCCCUACGGCCAAAGGCCGAGCGAGCCACUGCCUCCUCAGCUUGGAGUGCCACAUCAAAAGCGACAGCUAGAGGACAUCGGCGACCUUGUUGAACCGUCUUCACGCAUGAAAUCGACGAACACCUCGCCUCAUGACCAGCCGUCUCAUCAUCAGGGCUUGCGACAGCUGGAGACCCUCGCUGAUGCGACGCCAGAAGAACCAGAGUGCAUUGCUCAAGGGCUGGAAUCCUGCAGCAAGAAUUCGCCAGAGACAUACACGCUUGGCGGCCAAAGCGACAGCACUUUCGAGUAUCUACCCAAGAUGUUCCUCUUGAUGGGAGGUAGAGUGGAGCAAUACAAGACAAUGUACCUGGACAGCAUGAAGCCGAUCACUGAGAAGCUGCUCUUCCGACCGAUGACGCGCGAGAACCUGGACAUUCUGAUCUCCGGUGAGCUGCGCAUCAAUGUCAACUACACCUCCGGCGAGUACAUCGAAAACCCGAGCCCUAAGAAUGAGCAUCUCACGUGCUUUGUCGGAGGCAUGUUUGCCAUGGGUGGCAAGAUCUUCAGCAUCCCGGAACACGUCGAGCUUGGACGUAAAGUCACCGACGGCUGUGUCUGGUCCUAUAAUGCUACCGAGUCUGGCAUUAUGCCUGAGUCUUUCCACAUGAUUGCUUGUGACAGCAAGACGAAUUGCAAAUGGAACGAGACUCGUUGGCAGGAAGAGCUGGACCCGUAUGCGAACUUUAGAGAAGAGCAACGCGCGGACUGGCAAAAGACAUAUGGUGUUGAUGAUGUCGCGGCUUACGAGAAGCAAGUGGCCGCCGCGAGCAGCUCUUCAGUAGCGGCGGAGAUGGCAAAGGCCACAUCUGCAGCAGGCUUCGAGAACAUGGAGGAUGCGUACACGCACGCACAGCAAGCCUACCAAAUCAGUAAGAAGAAGAGACAGCUGGAUGAUGGUCCCGCAGCACCACGGCCUGUUCCGGCUGCAACUCCAACGUCUCCGCCCACCGCAGUUACUGGCUCAAGUGAUCCUUGGAGCGGCGGACUAAAUCAGUACGCUGGACCUGCUGGUGAGUACCUCGACUACUCGUCCAGCAGUGUCUAUAUGCCUCCGAAGCCGGUCUACACUCCGCCGCCCCCGCCUACUCAUGAAGAAUACGUCGAGAGGAAAAUCACGGACGAGCGCCUUCCGCCAGGCUUCACUCGCAUCGACGGCAAAGGGUACAUACUACGUCCCGAAGCCAUCGAGUCGGUGUUCUACAUGUACCGCAUCACCGGCGAGCAGUACUGGCGCGAUAUGGGCUGGAAGAUGUUCACAGCCAUUGACCGAGCGACGCGGGCGCCAUAUGGUCAUGCUAGUAUCGACGAUAUCACGAAGACUUCGCCUGAACAUAUGGACAAGAUGGAAUCUUUCUGGAUUGCGGAGACUUUGAAAUACUUCUACCUGCUAUUUGAUAAUCCAGAUACGUGGAGUCUGGAUGAUUGGGUAUUAAACACUGAGGCGCACUUUUUUAGACGGCCAGAGAACCCGGGGAAUCUCUGA